ACCAGUCGCUCAGGCGGGCCCGCGCUCAGUCCUGGCACACUCUAAAGCAUUUCAAGAAUAGCCAGUCAAGAUGGUUGGACAGAAGACAGGCAAAUACCAUGCCAACGCGCAUCCGUACGAGAAACCACCGAGUAUGUCUGUCGGUCAGCACUUCAAACGGUUCCUCUACAAUCCUGACACUGGCGCUGUUUUCGGCAGGACUGCCAGCAGUUGGGGUAAAAUCGGUCUUUUUUACCUGUCCUUCUACGGAGUUUUGGCGGCGCUGGUGGCAAUUUGCUUCUGUGGAUUCUUCCAAACAAUCGACCCGAGAAAGCCAACAUGGACCAUGGAACGUUCAAUCAUCGGCACGAAUCCAGGUUUGGGAUUCAGACCAUUGCCACCACUGGAGAACGUUGAGAGCACACUGAUCUGGUACAAAGGGACCGACAGAAGUAACUAUGAACACUGGAUCACGUCGUUGGAAGAAUUCUUGCACGAUUAUCGUACACCCGGAACGAAACCCGGACGUGGUGCGAACAUACACAACUGCGACUACGAUCACGCACCAGCGCCAGGCCAAGUUUGCGCGGUCGACGUGAAAAAUUGGCACCCCUGCACCAAAGAGAAUAGCUACGGCUAUCACAAAUCUCAACCGUGCAUCUUCCUCAAGCUCAACAAGAUAUAUGGCUGGAGGCCCGAGUACUAUAACGACACGGCGAAUCUGCCGAAAAAGAUGCCGAACUCACUUAAGGAUCACAUCAAGUCGAUAAAGAAUCCCAACGAACGCAACACCAUUUGGAUAUCGUGCGAGGGUGAAAAUCCGGCCGAUCAAGAGAACAUCGGCCCGGUUAACAUCUAUCCACGACGAGGUUUCCCAGGAUACUAUUAUCCAUUCGAGAAUUCAGAAGGCUAUCUCAGUCCACUCGUCGCUGUGCACUUCGAAAGGCCACGAACUGGUAUCCUGAUCAACGUAGAAUGCAAAGCCUGGGCGAAAAAUAUUAUUCACAACCGGCACGAGAGAUUGGGUUCAGUACAUUUCGAGCUGUUGAUCGAUUAAAGUCAAACGAGACUUUUCGACGUAUGUCGCCACAAUACCAAUAUAUGACCUCGUCGAUUGCGUAUAUUUGAUUUUUACAUAUACAUGGCGGCUAUACCUCAUCAUCACCCCUCAAAUUAACAACAUGUACAUU